AUGCCUGUGGCUACCGUUACCACGAGUGCUGCGGGUUCCCUCGCCCUUCUCAAGGACGAGGACCGCGACGUUCGUGUCUAUGCUCUUGAGUAUCUCCUCGGCAUUGUUCCCCAGUUCUGGGCCGAGAUCAGUGAGGAGCUCCCGUACAUUGAGUCUCUCGCCGACCCUCAGUUCUCCCAGCUUCCCGCCGAGAACCGUUCGCUUGCGUCGCUGCUCUGCUCGAAGGUGUUCUUCUACCUUGGCGAGCGCGAUGAGGCUGUCGAGUUUGCUCUCCGCGCCGGACCCGCCUUCUCCAACCUUCCUUACGAUGAGUUCAAGGAGACGAUCAUCGCCGGCUGCAUCGACCGCGCCAUUGACGACACGGAAGCGGGACGCACUGUUGACACUCGACUCGAGGAAAUCGUGGACGGCGUUAUCCGCAGUGGAUCCGGUGACGGCGCCAAGCUGGCUAUCGGCCUCGCUCUCUCGCUCCGCCGCCUGAACCUUAUCGAGGCGAUCUACAAGGCGUCGCGUGCUCCCGCCGAGUCCAGCGCUUCUGGAAGCAAGUCGACCAGCGGAACUGUCCACGACGAGUCCCUCCUUAGGUACAUCCUGGCUGAAACGAUCGGCGGAACGGCGGGAAGCGACUCAUGGCCGGAUUCGUUCCGUCGCGACCUCCUCUCCCUCCUCCUCAAGCUCUUCAGGCUGAACACGCCCUCCGACUACAACGCCAUCACCCAGCUCUGGGUCCAGCUCGACGACGCCGCCGACUGUGCCCAGGGUAUCAUCAGCCUUCUGGCCGAUGGAGGUGUCCAGGGCCGCGUUGAGGCGUACCAGAUCGCUUUCGACGUGACCGAGAUGGCGCCCCAGAGCUUCCUGGAGCGUCUGCGCACCGUCAUCGCCGAGUCUGGAUGGGGACCCGAGGGAUCGAAGGGCGAUGAGGAGCAGCGAACAGCCCUGCACGAGAUCCUCAACGGCAACCGUAUCGCUGAGCUGUACAUCAACUUCCUCAAGAAGCACAACCAGACCGACAUGUCCAUCCUGAAGGGCACCAAGGACAGCCUUGAGGACCGCUACUCCAUCUACCACUCUGCCAUCACCUUUACCAACGCUUACGCCAACUGCGGAACGACGUCCGACCGCUUCCUCCGCGAGAACCUCGACUGGCUCGGACGGGCGUCCAACUGGGCCAAGUUCUCGGCGACCGCUGCGCUUGGUCUCAUCCACCGAGGAUCGUACAUUAACGGCGUUCGCGUCGUGAAGCCGUAUCUCCCCGGAGGAACCGCUCCGUCCAAGUUCUCCGAGGGAGGUGCCCUGUUCGCUCUCGGUCUGAUCUACACUGGAAGGAAGGCUGGUGCCGAGACUGAGCUUCGCCAGGGUCUCGACGACGCCAACGACCCCAUCGUCCAGCACGGCGCUGCUCUCGGUCUCGGUGUCUCUGCCCUCGGAACUGGUGACGAGGAGAUCUACGACGAGCUCAAGAACCUCCUCUUCCAGGACAACGCCACCUCGUCGGAGGCUGCCGGAUACGCCAUGGGUCUUGUCAUGCUGGGCCAGCCCAACGAGCGCGUGCUCGAUGAGAUGAUCUCGUACGCUGGUGAGACUCAGCACGAGAAAAUCAUUCGUGGUGUUGUCAUCGGUACCGCUCUCACCAUGUACGGCAAGCGCCACGGUGCGUCCGACGAUGCUAUCCUCCGAUACGGUGGUAUGUUCACGUACGCUCUCGCCUACGUCGGCACUGGCGACAACAAGGUCAUCAAGCAGCUCCUGCACUUUGCCGUCUCCGAUGUCAACGAUGACGUUCGCCGUGCCGCCGUCAUCGCCCUUGGUUUCGUCCUCUUCCGCAACCACACGCAGGUUCCCCGUGUCGUCCAGCUUCUCGCCGAGAGCUACAACCCCCACGUCCGUCACGGAGCCACCCUUGCUCUUGGUAUCUCGUGCGCCGGCACCGGUCUCCAGGCCGCCAUCGACCUGCUCGAGCCGAUGACCAAGGACCCCGUUGACUUCGUCCGCCAGGGUGCUUACAUGGCUCUCGCCAUGAUUCUCAUCCAGCAGACCGAGGCGCAGUCACCCAAGGUCAAGGAGAUCCGCGAGCUCUUCCAGAAGGUCGUUACGGACAAGCACGAGGACCCCAUGGCUCGCUUCGGUGCCUCGCUCGCCCAGGGUAUCAUUGACGCCGGUGGCCGCAACAUGACCAUUUCGCUCGCCACUCGUGCUGGCACCCCGGACAUGAAGGCUAUCGUCGGUAUGGUCAUGUUCGUCCAGUUCUGGUACUGGUUCCCUCUUGCGCACUUCCUCGGCCUGACCUUCUCGCCGACGACGAUCAUCGCGCUCGACUCGCAGCUUCGCAUCCCCAAGGUUGACUUUGUCUCGUGGGCCAAGCCGAGCAUGUUCGACUACCCCAGCACGGCCAAGCCCGUCACGGAGGAGAAGAAGAAGAAGGCCAAGGCUGCCGUGCUCUCGACGACCGCGAAGGCGCAGGCGCGCGCCCGGUCAAAGAAGGCGGAGGCUGGCGAGGCGAUGGACACGGACGACAAGCCCGAGAAGGACGAGGAUGACUCGUCGCCCAAGAAGAAGGAGCGCAAGGCCGAGCCUCCCCAGGCCGUCGUGCCCAACAUGACUCGCGUCACGCCGCAGCAGCUCCCCUUCAUCACUGGACCGUACGACCCCUCCUCGCUCAAGGGCAAGGAGAAGGAGGACUCGCUCGCCCCCCUUCACCCGAAGAAGGGCGCGUACCGCCCCGUCCGUGCCGUGGGCAACUACGCCGCGUACGAGGCCGACAAGCUCAGCGACGGCCGCGCACGCGUCCAGUGGUCGGGCAAGGUGCUCCUGCUCGAGGGUGAGGGCAGCGACGGCUUCAUCGAGCUCGACGCCGCGCUCUGGCCCCGAGGAGCCGUCGACGAGCCCGCCUCGCCGCCCACGCCCACGCCCAUCGGUGGCUCUGCUGCCAUUGGCACCGCGCCGCCCAGCUACAGCGCCAGCCAGAGCUUCGACUGGGACGGCGAGGCGCCCGCCUCGUUCGAGUAUGAGUUUGACGACAGCAGUUAG